AUUUUUGACACAGUCCAAAAUCUGAAGUUCGGAAUCCGGAUUCUUGGUGCACGGUCCUUCUGUGAGAUAAAAUUGCAGCUGUACCCGCAGUAAUACAGUUAGCUCCACAUACAGCAGCGCAGAAAACAUGAGAGGCGCACUCGCGCGUUUGGGCGUUGUCCUUCGGCCGAUUGCGCCUGCGUGCAGGCCUUUGCAAUCCUCAUGUCAAGCCCACCUAAAUCACAACACCGAUGAACUUGAACCAUCAACUUCUGGGCGCUGCUUCGCUUCCUGGUCGACUGAUGGCCACACAUGGACAGAAGCCGAGCUCAAGCAGGCGCUGCUGGACGCCGGCCUCAAACGAGUUUCAGAACGCGGAUGGACGAACGCGGCGUUGGUGGACGCAGCUCGCGAGCUGAAAUUGUCCCCAGCAGUCACGGCCGUGCUGGGCUCGCAGGGGGAGGGGGCGCUCGUCUGGCACUUCAUGGAACAGUGCAACGCGCGGCUCGCCGAGCUGCUGGCGCAGCAAAAAGACGAGAUGCAGGCAAUGGAUCUGGACGCGCGCGUGGCCAAGGCGCUGCAGCUUCGGCUGGAGAUGCUGGUUCCGUACAUGGACACAUGGCCGCAGGCGCUGGCAGUGGCCGCCAAGCCCUCCAACGCCGGCCGCAGCCUCAAGCUGCUUUACCAGCUGGUCGACGACAUCUGGGCUGCACUGGGCGACCAGUCCACGGACAGCAGCUGGUACACCAAGCGGGCGCUGGUGGCGGGAGCCUACACCGCCACCAGCUUGUACAUGAUCACGGACUACUCGCCCGGCUUCCGGGACACAUGGGCAGCGCUGCGGCGGCGUGUGGCGGAGGGGCUGGCUCUGGAGCACAAGCUGGAGUCCAUCGUGCACACAGCCUCCGCAGCCGCCACCGCCGCGGCGGGCAGCCGCAGGGACGCUGCACCGGAGGGAGCACCGGCCGCAGCUGGUGCCGGCGGCGCGGCGGCGGAGGGCACGGCGGCGGCGGCGGCAGCGGCAGCAGCAGCGGCGCCAGGCCAGGGCGCGGAGGCCACAACGGGAGUCGCAACCGCUUCGUCGGCUGGCAAUGUAUGAGCUAGCAGCUGGCCUUGCAUAAGGGCCGUGUGCGGUUUGACAGUGACCUUCUGGACCUUGCUUGCCUUGCGGCCUGCACUGGGACAGGGGGCACUGCAGGGUGGUCGUUGUCCUUGCCCGGCCAGGCAUGAAGUUGAUUGUGCUGGUACGGUGUGUGGGCUGUUGACCGCGCACACGUCGGCUGCGGGUGAAUGUCUGUGAGGUCUCGGCGCAACGGCGCCCGAGUGAUGACUGCGAUGUGCUCUUGGAAUGGCGCUCGUGAGGACAGCCGACGGGUGUGCCAGGCUGCGCUGCGAUACGGUGCUUGCUAACAGGCGCGCGACGUUGCGCCGCUCCUUACUCGGCA